UGGAUUUUUGGUUGAGUGAUUUCGACGGUCAAGGUUAUGCAUAGAAGUUAGUUACUAUGAGUAUUUGGCUUUGUUGGGCCAUGGUUGAAUCAUGGUCUUCUCUUCCGAUCCUGUUCGAACUCAUCUAAACUAAACCACUUCGUUUAGUGACUGCCGCCACGGCGAGUGAGAGAACCAAGAGCAGUUCGAAAAUGUCCAACGAUACCGAACCCGCGCAGGUUAGCUCAGUAGCAGCGGAGAGCCACGCCGGUGACUGCGACGCUGAGAUGCAGCUUCUCGAAGGCGCCGUUCGGCCCUUGCCUUAUCAUGUCGUCAAGGAACUUUUGUCUGUCGGGGUUUGUGCGAGAUGCGUCCUUCGGCUAUUUGGUAUCGAGGAGCAUAUUUAUUGUCAUUCCUCGUUUUCACAAUCGAUGCUCGGCUCAAUUCUAGAAGAAGAAACUUCUUUUAAAUCAGAAGUUGAGUUUCAAUUCUGCAGCGUAUGCUUAGGUGUAUUGCAGUUCAGUUAUUGCGAUGAUGGCGAAGAAACGGUGGUAAAAAAGGAGAGUGCAAAGGACAUGGCUUUAAGCAUUGCGGAGUUAGUGAAGCAAGAAGGGCAUCAAAUUGAUGGAUUCUCGCUAGAAGUUUCUGUUCCACCGCUUAUCUUGGAAAACGAAUCUUCGCUUUUGUCACAUAUGAAAAAGAAAUAUGAAUCAGAGCCUUGGUUUCAAGAAAGGUUGUUGCUUUCCAAAUGCCAUUCUGUUAAGGAUGUUCUGAAAUUUGCUAUAACAAAACCCCUUGAAACAUUGUUGGGUGUUAAAGCUAGUGCAAGCUCCUUUCGAAUUCGUUUGACUUACACUCACAAAAGGGCAUCAAAAAAGGUUCAGAACUCUGUUGAGAGGAAUCAGGAAUGCAAAAGGCGAAAAACAGGCACUGAGAAUGCGUUGCACAAUGUUAAUGAUGAAUCGGUGAUUGCUGACAAAGAUUGUUCUGGUUAUUCUACCAUUGAAACAAAUUCUGUCACUGGAAUAUUUUCCAAUGGCGUGCAAGAUCAAGAAACUUCUGAACACUUUGAAUCCCCCAUAGAGAAGGUCAGUGAACCUUGCCACUUGGUAUACGUUUGCUGCAGGACACAUAUUUACCUAUGUGGUCGAUAUCUGAAGUACUCAAGAAAUGUGAGUCAAACACGCUGGAUAAUUGAUGAGGAAAGGAUGGGAGAGGCAUCUGUUGAGGAGAUAAUAGGUAGCAACAUUCUUCCUAUAUGUCAGGGAGAUAAUUACAAGUUUCAUGCUGCUGGCAGAGAAGAUAUUGAUGUUCGGAUGUUGGGUUCAGGUAGGCCUUUUCUGCUUGAGAUACAAAAUGCCCGCCAAGUCCCAUCAGAGCUGAUUGUUAAGGAAAUGGAAUCAAAGAUAAAUGGCUUGGAGAAUAAAUUAGUUGGAGUUAAAAAUCUUAAAGUGGUUGGCAGCCAGGGUUGGGCACUGAUGCAUGAAGGAGAAGCUGAGAAGCAGAAGCAAUAUUGUGCAUUAGUGUGGAUUUCUCGUCCGCUUGAGGAUGAAGACAUGCAAACCAUAUCUUUGCUCAAUGACAUGAAAAUUCUGCAAAGGACCCCAAUACGGGUGCUUCACCGUCGAAGUCCAUUGGAACGUGAGAAAAUUAUACAUUGGAUGAAGAUUGAGAGGAUUGCUGGAAGCUCUCAAUAUUUUCUUUUGCAUCUCUGCACCCAGGCUGGAACUUAUAUUAAGGAAUUUGUUCACGGUGAUCUUGGGCGUACACAGCCAAGUGUUGGAUCAAUUCUAGGAUGCAGAGCAGAGAUACUGCAGCUGGAUGUUACAGACGUGAAAAUGGAUUGUUUUGUGACUGAAUGAGGCAUACACACUUCCAUACCCCUUUAACAUAUAUGAUACUAAAAGUUUUGAGUUGGAAGAUUGCCCGGUGAGCUUUGCAUUGUCUAACAGUUGGCAUUAAUCUUUGCACUUUCUUGGGCGGUCAGCUUCUUGGAAACGAUCUUGUGGUUUCACUUUGUUGUUAAAAGUUUUGGAAGACGUUCUAAUGUAAA